AUGGAAAUGAAACAUUUCAGCCACGAUCAUGCCCUGACUCUUUACCAUAUGGCUGAAGGAUCAGAAACUCUGUGCUCGGGAUGCAAGCUUCCCGGUCUAACCACAGUUUACAUGUGUUGGCAAUGCCAAUACUUUCUCCAUGAACAAUGUUUCGAAGCAAAACGAUCCAUCAUUCAUCCUUCUCACCCAUCUCAUCCUCUUACUCUCCUCCCCUGCUCCACUUAUACAUCUUCAUCCUUCCUCUGCAACUCCUGCCAUCUCUCAGGCACCGGAUUCUCUUAUGCCUGUUCCCAUUGCGACUUCGAUAUCCAUCUCCACUGCGCCUACACCAGUUCCCAGUCCCAACCCUAUUCUAAUUAUCAACCAACAUCCCAAACCUCCCAGUUUACUUACCCGGAGGUUUCAGAAGCCUACCCGCCACCACCUUUUCAAGUUCAACCAUACCAUGCUCAUGUUCAUGCUGAGAACGCGCCGGUUAUGGAUGCAUACCCAUCAUUUCCACAACCGCCCUAUGUUCCACCUUAUGCUUUUAACGGCCAUGUCAUGCCAAAUUAUGCAGCUCCGGCGAAUCCAAAUCUAACAAUUUCAUCUCCGAUCGAAAACCAGCCUGAUUCUAACACAACCCAUGUGGCUAAACACUUCAGCCAUCAGCACGCGUUGCUCCAGAGCAACAUCGAGGAAGAAGACGGCGUCCUCUGUUCUGGAUGCGAGCAUGCAAUCACUGAAAGCCCUGCCUACACCUGCACCAAAUCCAAAUUCUGCAAUUUCCGUCUCCACAAAUCGUGUUUUGAUCUCCCUAAGCAGAUCCAUCACAGAUCUCACAUGGCCCAUCCCCUCACUCUCCUAUCCGCACCGCCUUAUAAGAGCUACAAUCCGGAAUUCACUUGUAAUGCUUGCUUAAAAACCGGGAAUUCCUUUCUUUACCAUUGUUCUUCGUGCAGCUUCGAUCUCCACGUAAACUGCGCUUUCCUAAAGGAUUCUGUGAAACGGGACGACCAUGAACACCCUUUGUCUCUUCUCUUUUCGUCGCCCUAUGAGAAAUCCAAGGACGGGGAGGAUGAAGUUAUUUUCAUGUGUGACGUUUGUCAGGAAUCCGUGGAUUCUAACUGCUGGGUUUAUUACUGUAGAGAGUGCGACUUUGGAACUGAUGUUGGUUGUAUAAAUGAUGAGAUAGAGGAGAGAGGAGAAGAGCAGAGGGAAGAGAGUGUGGAGGAUGAUGGACUUACGCCGGCGGAAAGGUUGGUAAAGAUGCAAAAUGAGUUUCAGUUAAUGCAGUUUCGGAUGCAGAUGAACCAGAGGAUGAACCAGAGCAUUAUCUCAAUGGGGCAGUCUCUCGCUAAUUUGGCUUGA